UAGACAUUUUUCAGCACAUAGACCAUUUCAUUCAAAUAUUCAAUGAUUCAAUCACUCAGCGUAGGCAACAAGGGGAAACUUCGCUCACGACAUAAAAGUUAGCACCGCCGGAAAUCACUGUUUAAUUUCGAGCUCAGAGUCCGGGUAAAGCUGAUUGUUAGAGUGGCCUAAUGGUAGGAGGGUUUUCAUUGUCUUUGCAAAGUGUAGCGCAUUCUAGUCAGUGGUCAGACAGUAUAUCAAGACAGCUAACCUGGAGAAGAUCCAGAAACAGAAUUAAAAGAGUUGGUACUAGAAGUUCUAGGAUAUAUGCUUCAGUGCAUAAAUAUAUGGAGAAUAAGCGGGUCUUUGUGCUCUCAGACUUGCAUACUGAUUAUACAGAGAACAUGACAUGGGUAAGGUGCAUAUCUUCCACAAGCCACCAGGAAGACAUCCUCCUUGUUGCCGGGGAUGUGGCUGAGACAUAUGAUAAGUUCUUCUCAACUAUGUCUCUUUUGACGAGUAGAUUCAAGCAUGUUUUCUUUGUGCCUGGGAACCAUGAUCUUUGGUGCCGCAAGGAGGGUGAAGACUUUCAUGAUUCACUUGAUAAGCUCAAUGCAUUGCUUCAUGCAUGUGGUGAACUUGGAGUGGAAUCAAGUCCUUUGAUCAUAGGCGACUUGGGAAUCAUACCCCUCUACUCGUGGUAUCAUGAGAGUUUUGAUACAGAGCAGGACAUAACUGGAUUAAGUGUUCCUUCCUUGAAGAUGGUAUGUAAAGAUUUUCAUGCUUGCAGAUGGUCUUCUGAGCUCUGUGAUAAGAAUGACUCUCUUGCUCAGUAUUUUGAUGCAAUGAAUGAGAAACAUUCCUAUAUAAUUGAAGAAAUCCAGAGAAAAUGUGAAAAAGUAAUUACAUUUUCUCAUUUUGUUCCUAGGCAAGAUUUAUGUCCUGAAAAAAGAAUGCUUUUCUAUCCAAACCUUCCUAAAAUAAUCGGUUCCAGCUUUCUUGAGGCUCGAGUAAGGUCUAUACAUGGUGCCGAAGGUAGCGAAGCUGCAUGCCAUGUGUUUGGCCACACCCAUUUUGGCUGGGAUGCUACUCUAGAUGGCAUCAGGUAUGUGCAGGCACCAUUGGCUUAUCCUAGAGAGCGGAAGAGAAGAAUGAACGGGGGUGAAGAUUGGUUACCAUUUUGCUUGUAUUCAGAUGGAAGAUUUACAGACAGACGCCAAUUUUACUGGUCAGAUUACUAUUCUGUGAAUUCAAGGAAUCCAGGUAACCUUGAACUUGCUCCUUGGGUUGCCAAUUUUUACAGAAGACGGCUGUCGUAAGCUACCCUUGUUCCUAUUCUGAGAAUGGGUACAGUGGCUGUGGAUUGUCUUGAUAACCUUGGAUAAUCCCGGAUUUUAGGAUUGAAAGUUAUCACUUAAGUAUAAUAUGGUACCAGGUUAUCAUGUGAUACAGAUAAUAGAAUUAUUCACAAACCAUAUAGUCGAAUGUUUAAAUUAGCUAGGCAGGUAAUUUGACAAGCUAAGAUAAUACAGAGUGCAGAGAUAAAUAGUAUCAUUCAGAUAUACAAAUGAAAAUUUGAAGCCCGAAAGUCAUACAUAUAUGACAUGAGGACGAAGUAAAACGACAUAUUCACAUCAUUAGGCAAAAGCCAUACAUAUAUACAAUGUGUUUAAGAGCAAAGCACAUAUAUAAAGUUCACACAAAGUACAUAUUUAGUAACAUGAUCAAGAUCACAUGGAUAUAAUGUGGCAUAUGAUUAUGGUACGCACUACUAAAGAAGGAUUGAUUAUUGUACAUCAUAAAGCAAUUAGCGUGAAGAAUUUGUCCACCUUGCGUACCAUUACAACAAUCUGGAAGAAUAGGAUAUAAUUUUCCUAAGCAUUUACUGCAAUUCAUUGCUGAUAUAUCAGGCGUGCAUUGAACCAUCAUGUAAAUCUUCUCAUGAGAACCGAUCACCUCAACUACCCUGGUAGCGGAAUUAGGCUUCGUCCAAUUGCCGUAACUGGCUUCUGUAAUGAGCUCCCGUGUUGCAUUUGACAGUGUCUCAUUGUACUGGCGAUAGUUAGUUAUCACCUUGUCCCCAAUGGGUCCACCGUUGAACUCUUCUACCUCGUCAUUAACGAACUUUGAGCUAUUUGAAUAGUGUACUAUGCAAUCGUAGUUCAAUUGAUAUGCAUAGCACUCCGUAUUGUAAAUCUCUAAAGGGGCGAGAAAUUCUGUUAAUUUCACCAAACAGUUGUGACAUCGUCGAGCACCUAUAUCACCUCGACAAAGAUAAGUACCGUAAGCCCUAGGGGGAGCUUCACCAACCGCGGUUUUGAAGAAACUUGGUGGAUGCGAAGAAGAGGACUCAGAGACAAAAGAUGAUAGAAGUGAAUGUAUAUUGGUUUGAUAUACAUAGUUUUCUUCUGUGGAAUUUCCAUAGCAAACUCUAGCACGUCUUUCAUCGUCUUCAUUAUCACCACGUAUUGAAAUGGUGUUUGUGGUAAAUAAGAGGAGAAGAUAGAUUACCCAUGCCAUGUUUGCUUGGCUGAAGAGGCUUAUAGUCAACUGUUACACAGGGAGGAAUUUAUUUGUAGUGCAUAAGAUAUGGACUACUUCUAGGUUCUUUGAUUAUUGAUAGUUUCAUAACGAAACAAAAUCUCAUUUACCGCAUUUGCGUAAUUUGAGGUAGUUGACAAUUGAAUUUCACAUGCAUAUGGCGUAUACAAAGUUAACAGGUGUAAAUAUCUUUCUAUUUUAAAAAUAUAGUUUUAAAAUGCAAUAGUUGGGUUUUUAACUUGGCGAGAUAUGAUUUUGUCUUCUAAUAUUGUAGUGAUAUAUUUGUAAAAAUUAUGCAAAUAAUUUAUUUAGAAAAUACACAUUGAGACGAAUCAAAUAAAAUUACAUAUUACUAUGUUUUUUUCUUA